AGCCUCUCUCAUCACCACCAAGCUGACACGACACAUGCACAAAACAAAGAUAAGGCCUGCUGCCUACCGGCCGCUACAGUCCCAAGCUCGCGCGACGGCGCCCACCCGAUGGCCCCCGCGGCCGCUCCUCCUCCUCUUCCUGUUCACCGCCGCCGUCGCCGCCGGCGCCACGGCGGCGACAGAGAAAGCAUCCGGCCCGCCUCCAUCGCCGACGCCGUGGCCGGAGCGGUUCCACGCGGUGAUGUUCACCAACCUGACCAACUACUCGGUGGCCUCCACGGGCCCGCCGCUCCGCAUCACGGACCUCUACUACGACUGGCCGCGGCGGCGCAACCUCAACCUGGUCCGCCACCAGCUCUCCGCCGACCCGCUCUACGACGUGGAGUGGAACAACGGCACCAGCUUCUACUUCGACUCCUCCACCUGCCGCGUCGAGCGGUUCCCCGUCGGCGUGCUGCCGCCCUGGUGGCUCUCCGGGGGCGGCGCCGAGUACAUGGGGCGCGGCGUCACCGGCGGGAUCGAGUGCCACGUCUGGGGCAAGGCCGGCUUCAUCGUCUACUACGAGGAGGCCGGCACGGGCCGGCCCGUGCGGUGGAACUUCAUCGACGUGACGGGGAUCGAACAGUUCGUGAUGAGCUUCGAGCCCGGCGUGGCGCUGGAGGACGAUGAACAGUGGCAAGCGCCCGCGCACUGCUUCCCAGACGACGACGACGAAGAAGAAGAACAAGGGGAGGGCAACGAUCAUGUCGCAAGCAGCAGCGAGACGGCGGUCUGGGAUGGGCUUGAGGCGGCCAGCAGGAUACUCAGGAAGCUUGCAGGAGCUGCAGCAACGUCUUGAUUGUGUUGGUACAUAUAUAUAAGUAUCUAAAAUGUUGUCCCUGUCAAAAACAUCAGAUAUAUGCUCCGAGAUGCAUGUGUCGUGUGUAUGUAUCAGUGUGUAAUCUGUGAAAGAAGGAAUAAUGAGAGGCACAUCUAGAAGCUGGUUUUAGGUUGCUUCAGCACAAAGAUGCAUCUUCCAGGACCAACCAUGCUGUUUUCUGGAAGCCCUGAAUCCCUGAUCCGAGUUGUGGUUCAGGUCA